CUUCACCAUGCUCCUCAAGACCCUUGCAAUGCUACUCGCAGCCGAGCUAGCCACCAGCACUGCUAUCGGCUUCUCCCCUCAGAUCAUCAACCUCGACGCGACGAAGCUCAAACGAGGCAACGGUUGCGCCUCCCCGGGAGUCACCAACGGACAAUGCGGCCGCUACUAUCGCAACGAAGGCUGCAACGAUCAAAUCGGGUCCAUCGACCCCGGCGUAAGUCUCUGUCCAAGGGCUCCAGGUGAUAUAUCAGUACCUAGUUUGGGUUAACAGC